GUGGUUGCUGCACGUACCAAGUAAACAUGUACAUGGAACAAGGGCAAAAAAACGGACUGUCACCUAGAGAAUACGCGGAAAAAACUCUCCAAUUCAGCGACUACGGAGAAAAAAAUCUGGCUUAUGUCAAGUCAAGGUGGAAUGAUAAACUCUGCGCAAAUGUGAUCAGUCAAGUUGGGUUCGGAUACGGAAGUCUGAAGUUAGUUGGAGGAAAAGGACUCACCAAGAAAUUCGUACUGCCCCCUCUUGGCGGAAGCAAGAGUAUGUACCUCAUUCAUGGCGCGACGCUGAAACGAAACUUGUCCUUCUCUUACGUGAUGACAUUUAUCGUUUGCAAAGCGAAACCUGAGUUGUGCCCGGAUGAUUUUGAAAACGAAAUUGCUGAAUCAAGUUCGGGACAGAGAGUUAUUCAAAUGAAUAAACGAGGUCAAUGAAGUAAAGAGUUUAAAUAUGCGCACUAUUCUAGACUACCAAAAUCAACAUAGAAGAUAUCAUAGAAGACCGGCUGCUUGCAUUAGCAUGACACAAUGACUGUUCGCACUGCACUUUA